GUGUGGGUAUGUCCUUGAGUGCGGAUGACGGCGGUGUCGGAUUACCCCGGAAACUGGUGGCUCCUCCCCCGCUACAUCCAGUGAGCCGGCGGCGAGCUGAUGGCGGCCAGGCUGUGGGAUGGUUGGGGUCGGUUAGUGCGGCCGCUGGCCAGCUCGGAGAAAGCGCACGCAGACUGGAUGGGCUGCCUACCGCCGGCGCUCUGCGCCUUGCCUCUCGCCAACCUCGCCGUGCCCGGAUCACAUGACUCCUUCAGCUUUUGGAUUGAUGAAACAUCCCCUGUUGGUCUGGAUCAGCCGGUUGUGGUUAGGCAUCUGGCUGGAAUCUUCCGCUCUCUCUGGAAGAAAACGAUGAAGAAGUGGUCUGUGACGCAGAGCUUGACUUUCAGAGAGCAGCUGGAAGCUGGCAUCCGCUACUUUGAUCUCCGAGUCUCCACAAAACCAGGAGAAGAGGGCGAGCUUUAUUUCAUCCAUGGGUUGUUUGGCAACAAGGUUUAUGAUGGACUGAUAGAAAUUAACAAAUUUUUGAAAUCUCACAGCAAGGAGGUGAUCUUCCUGGAUUUCAAUCACCAUUAUGCAAUGGAAGACUCAAACCACGAAUACCUCAUUGGAAUGCUUAAAAAGAUAUUUGGAUCCAGACUCUGCAGGGCCAGUCUGGUUCAGGAGAUAACACUUCAGUAUUUAUGGGAACACAAGUACCAGGUGCUGGUGUUUUAUCAUCACCCGAUGGCAUAUGACUUCCCCUUCCUCUGGCCCGGACAUCAUAUCCCAGCACCCUGGGCAAAUACCACCGAUGCUCAGAAACUGGUACAGUUCCUGGAGACAACCCUGAGUGAGCGGGCAAAGCGCGGGACCUUCCAUGUCUCACAGGCCAUCUUGACUCCACAAGCCAAAACCGUCAUCCGGGGAUUGAUUGGUGGACUACGAGACUCUCUGGUUGUGAGAAACCUUCCUGUGAUAAUGAACUGGGUGAAAUGUCAGAAGCCCGGCGUCAAUGGUGUCAAUAUCAUCACCUCAGACUUUGUGGAACUUGUGGAUUUUGCUACAACUGUGAUUAAGCUCAAUUAUCUGCUUCUGCACGACAAGGCAAAACAGGAGCCUGUUUAGCAUCCUCUCAUGAUAGUAGCUGUUAAAGUAACAAAGUCAACCAUCGUUUAGUUUUCACAUUUAGUGGCAUUAGAGGGUGUGGUCAUGUUGGGCCAGAUGUACUUCAGUCUCCAUUUUAAAUUGUGCAAUAUGUUGCCCUUGCACUUUGCUUGUGGUAACACAUCAAACUACAUUAAAUUCUAGACCAUAAGACAGUAGUGACCACACUGUGACAAAUCUGAAAUAAAUUCAAAAGUGACGGAAAUGCCCAGCUGUAAGAGAGUUAGAGAUGAUUAUUUGUGUUUUCUGUUGGGCAUAGACUCAUACAGCAAUGGAAACAGGCCUUUCAGCCCAUCUGGUCAAUGCUGACCAAGAUGCUGAUCUAAUUUAGUCCCAUCUCUCCAUAUUGUCCCUAUUUCCCUCUAAAUAUUUCCUAGCCAAGUGUCUUUCAAAUGUCGUCAUUGGAUCUGCUUCAAGCAUUUCCCUGGCAGUUUAUUCCAUUUAGAGACCACCUUCUGGGUGAGAAAGCUGUCCCGUUAGCUCCUAUUAAAUCUCAUCCCUCUCACCUUUAACCUAUGUGCCCUUGAUUCCACAAUCCUGGAAGAAAGAAUGUGUGCAUUCACCCGAUCUAUGUUCUUGAUGAUUUUAUACGCCUCUAUGCAGGCAUCCUUUGAAUGAAGCCUGAGCCUGCUCAACCUCCCUCUGUGACUCGGGGCCUUGAGUUCUGGCCAUAACAUUGUCUUGCUCAUCUUUUCUAUCCUCCUACUAUAAAAUGUGUAACUUCAUUUUUAUAAUGGAACACAAUUGUAUAAAUCUGUCACCAAAUCUCUCUCUCUACAGGUGUUUCUGUAGUGUUUGUUUUUAUUUCAGAUGUCCAUCAACUGCAGAUUUUUGUUCUGUUUUCGUUAAUGUUUUUGGAAAGUUAAUAAUGUUUUUAAAAUAUCGGUUUAUAUUAGACCAAAGACAGAAUGUAGGACCAAAAUUAGGCCACCUGAUCCAUCGAGUUUGCUCCAUCAUUUCAUCGUGAAUGAGUAAUUUUGCCUUUCAACCCCAUUCUCCUGCCCUUUCCUCGUAACCUUUGAUGUCCUUAACUAAUCAAGAUGCAGGUAAAUUACCUGGCAACAGGUAAAAAAUGCCACAAAUAUGAAAUAAAAGCAUCAAAAGCUGGAGACAUUCCAAAUUCAUUCCAAUUUAUCAGAGAAUAUAGAAUACAUUUGAAAUACUAAUGACUAGGUAGGAGCAAAUUCAACACCUUAUCUCAGAUACCUUUAGCUGGUAAAUUUUCUUACAAGUUCUAUAUUAAAAUUAAAUGCAAAACAGAGGUACAGAAGUCCUAUAAAAUAUUUAAAUCAGAACAGCACAGUGGCUGGUCAAAGCAAAUUAUAUUUGAUCAAAAUGUUGUACAUAUGUUCUCAGGGUUCAGCUUGUUCAGCUACACUGGGAUUGUGUACAAGGCAACGAGCAAAGAUAAUUACCAUUUAUCUCCAUAGAUGUAUGUACACUGACCCAGCCCUACAUAGUACAUCAAGAGAGUAACUGUGUCAUACUGUAUAUUGUGCUUGAAGAAGCACGCAGUCUGUUUACAAUUUGAAUUGUUUGAAGCAUUGUUUUAGCUUUUUCUGGGGAAAUUAGGAUUUCUGUUCAACAUCAGAAAAGUGAUUGAGCUUCGCCUGUGGUUUAGUAAGGAAUAUUGUCCUCCUGGUAAAAUACUGUUUUCACAAUGAUGAUGGGGUCUUGGGCCUCCACUGUUUCAUUUGUUGUGAUUUCUCUGGUUUUAUUAUUCAGCAAAACUGAAAAUUAUAGUUUUUGUUUCUGAGAAACUUCUUGGUGCAGCAACUUCAGUCUCUCAAGUGUGAUUAAAUUAGGAUGGGUAAGAAUAAUCAGUGUAGAUUAGUAGCUCAAUUGUUUCUUUGUUCAUUAGCCCACUUUCAUUGGGCACUUUUACUCGUCAGUGUUUUCCACCAUUGGAGAGAGAUGGUGAUCCAACAGCAUUAUCACUGGCCCAUCUUAUAUCAACUAAUUUCAAAUCAGAAUGUCAGUAAAUAAUCAAUGAACCAAUUAAUUGAUAUCCUUCAUCUUACAACAGAGAGAAGUCAGUUUUGAUCAGCAAUGAAGACCAUUCUUCUGUUUUAAUUGUUCGUUUCUUGUUAUUUCUGGUGACUGAACACUUGAAGAAAGAAAUGAUUGUAUCUAAAUGAAAAUUAUCAUUAAGAAAUUUUUCCAAGUAUAGUUUUUUAUGUAUUUUUAUGGACACGAAAUGGUUGUUCCGAUUGAUAGUGACAUUUUCUAUAAACUUUUUCUGAUUUUAUAAAUAAAAUUUCAAAAAUGUAAAACAUUA